UGUCUCGAUCCCUGAGACAAGCUGAUACGGAGUUAUGGGAGAGUGAGAAGGCAGCUUUUUGGAAUUGUUAGGAUUAUAAGCUUGUUGUAUUGCUGCCAGUAUUGCACUGUUAUCCUCCUACCGAAACCCGACUAAUGGAAGGGCUGAAUCUCCGCGGCAACACUGAGCAUGGACUUCAGAUACAGCUGAUUAACGUGGCUUGAAGGCCUUUAAUAGAAAUACGCAAUAUUGUGUGACUUUGGCAAUACCCAGUGUGUUGGGUGAAUGGUUAAAUGAAUGACGAGUUUAAGAUGGAUAAGUAAUGGUCAAUAGUUAUGCAUGCGAAUCAAACAGACAAGCUAAGUGUGUGCAUGACAUGUGCAGGUUGUGUAUGUUAGUUCUGGGUACUUAAAUUAGCACCUAAAUUCUGCUUAGGGUGACAGAGUUAAUAGGGCUGUGUGAUCUCCCAUUCAGUAGUAAUCAUGCCUUGGCCCUUCUCUGAGUCCAUCAAGAAAAGGGCCUGCAGGUACCUGCUGCAACGAUAUCUAGGGCACUUUCUUCAGGAAAAACUCAGCCUGGAACAGCUCACUUUGGACUUGUAUCAAGGCACUGGCUCUCUGUCACAAGUUCCCUUGGACAAAUGGAGUCUAAAUGAAAUACUGGAGUCAGCAGAUGCACCUUUGGAGGUUACAGAAGGUUUUAUACAAGCCAUCUCUCUCUCCAUUCCAUGGGGCUCCUUACUGCAGGAUAAUUGUGCACUUGAAGUGAAGGGACUCGAGAUGGUCUUCAGGCCAAGACCUCGGCUAAGAUCAGGAUCUGAGCCCAUGUAUUGGUCAAGUUUUAUGACCAGUAGCAUGCAGCUUGCUAAGGAGUGUCUGAGCCAGAAACUGACAGAUGAACAAGAAGCAUCUCAGCCAUUUGAGGGACUGGAGAAAUUUGCAGAGACCAUUGAAACAGUCUUAAGGAGGGUCAGAGUCACUUUCAUUGAUACAGUGUUUAGAAUAGAAAAUAUUCCAGAAAAUUCUAAAACGGGUACAGCACUUGAAAUUCGAAUCAGCAGAAUUAUGUACUCUGACGAGACAGCAGAUGAUCACUCUGGAGUGAAUGUGCAUCAGCCCUCAGCAUUUGCCCAUAAAGCUUUAGAACUUGGUGGGGUUUCCAUUUUUUGGGAUGAAUUUCCAGCAUCUGCAAAAUGUUCCCCUGUGUGUUCUACAUCACAGGUGGAAAAUGAGCCAAAAUUAUCACCCAGCUGGAACCCAAAGCCUGUAUUUGAGCCACAUCCGCAAUUCACUAGAAAUGUACCAGAGGUUGCCCAUUCAGGACCUGUACAAAUUGCAACAUUGCUUGGCAAAAUUGAGCUGGGCCUGAUUCUCAAGCAAAAAGAAGUACUUCUGGGAACUAAGCUUGAUGUGGAUGGUCGCAUUGGUUCUUUUCAUUUCUUCCUUUCUCCACGUCAAGUUCACCACCUUCUUGACUUGGUGGCAGCAAUUGCUGGUCCAGAAAGCUCUGGCCGGACACCAUUAUCUAACAAAGAAAGAAGGAAUCGCCCAAUGCAGCAGGAGGAUGAAUUUCAUAUACAAAUGGAGCUAAAUCGGUAUAUACGGAAAGAGCCUGUACCCGGAGGAGUGUCCUCUGAGCACAGCUUUUAUGAAAGUGAUACUGCGAAAACCCCCUCUAGUCAUGAUGAAGAAGUUUUCUUCUCAAUGGCAGAUAUGGACACUUCUCAUAGUCUUUCUACACUUCCGCCUCUUGGAGAUCCAAAUACAGUAGACUUAGACCUGUCUUUACCAAGUACUUACACUAAUACUCCAGCAGGAUCACCUCUGGGCCCCACCAUGCUGCAGCAUGCUUGGGGUGACUAUCACGAACAUCAUAAACUAGAAGAACAUUUAAUGAGAGGAACGUCUUUCAGACAUCCCAUUGUUCACCCAAACUCUCUCAGAAGGACUUCAUUGCCAUCCCGUUCUGUGUCCAUGGAUGAAUCCAGACCUGAGCUUGUAUUCCGACUUGCCAUAGGCUCUUUAUCGGUGUCUGUUCUUCACAUUGACCCUCUUCCACCAACUGAAACCAACUCUACUACUAACCCCCUUACACCCAUGUCACAUGAUUUCUUCAGCCACAUUGAGAAAUUGGAUCCAAUAACAUUUCCAAAGGACGACUUCUUAUGUUUUCGCAAUAUUUUUGCUGAUGCAUGUCCUUAUGAUCAUCUUAGAUUUAUAGGUACAGAUAUAAAAAUCUCCCAUGAGCAACGGCAGAGGUCUGGUUUGCGGAGUUUCAGCACUGAUGUCUGUAUUGGCUAUACUGAACUCCUAGAGUGCCUCUUUCCUACUGAUUCUCAGUCUGUUCCUCCUCAAUACACAGAGCUGCUAAGAUUUGACUGUGAUAAAACUGGCGAAACUCGCACCUCUCCAUGCAUCCAUCUAUACUAUAAACAUUCUGAAAACAGAGGGCCCCAGGGUAGCUCGGGAAGGCUAAAUUCUGCACCUCGGAGAUCCGAACUACAGAUUAAAUUAUCGCCUUCCUCUUGUGAGUUGGACAUCAGUAUAGUCGACAGAUUAAAUUCACUCCUUCAGGCUCAAAAAAUGGGGACAGUUGAAAUGAUGACAUCUCAUUUGUACACCUCUUACAACAAACACAUCAGUCUGCACAAAGCAUUUGCAGAAGUCUUCUUAGAUGAUUCCGGAUCGCCUGCUAACACACGAGUUUCAGUGAUGGUCUCUGCACCAGUAUUAAAUCUUGCUGUACGUUUCCCUAUACCUGACCUCCGAUCAGACCAGGAACGUGGCCCAUGGUUUAAGAAAUCCCUCCAGAAAGAAAUCCUACACUUAAAAUUUUCAGAUGUAGAAUUUAAAACUGAGAUUUUUGAUGGUUCAACACCAGAACAAAUGAAACUUGAACUGACCUUUAAAGAGUUAAGUGGAGCCUUUCAAGAAGAUAGUGACAAGCCUCAGAUCAAUUUUUUCAGAGUAUGCAGUACCCUUGAUGGUGAUAUUACAUCAUCAGACAAUUUUGACUGGCCAAGGAUUGUGCUGAAAAUCAACCCAGUAGCCGUCCACUCAAUCUUAGAGAGAAUUGCUGCAGAAGAGGACGAUGAGGCAGAUGGGCGCUUUCAAGAGGAUGAUGAAGGUGCCUCUCACUCCCUGAAAGAUGUAUGUGACCUCAGACGUCCAGAGCCUUCUCCGUUCUCCUCUAGAAGAGUCAUGUUUGAAAAUGAAGAGAUGGUGAUGCCUGGAGAUGCUAUUGAAAUGACAGAAUUUCAAGAAAAGGCCAUCAGUAAUUCACACUAUAUUCUAGAACUGACACUGCCUAGUGUGUACAUGACUCUACCAAACAAAGCAUUCUAUGAAAAACUUUAUAACAGGGUUAGCAAUGAUUUGCUCCUUUGGGAACCUACUGCUCCUUCACCUGUAGAAACCUUUGAAAACUUAUCUUAUGGGAUUGGACUUUCAGUCGCCAGUCAGCUGAUUACCAACUUCAGUAAAGAUGGCUGCAAUCAGUAUAAAUCAGGCCUUUAUGAGGAUGACAGUGGUUCAGAAGAGGAGACCAUGCAGCAUGAUUAUAUCAUGGAUUCAAAUUAUCACUGCCGUCGGAAAAAAAAAUCAGAAUCUCUUAACAAGCAGAGUCAAAGUUUUCUGUCUGUACUUGUGAAUAUUAACCAUGGAUUGGUCUCUUUAUUUUCUGAUGUUAAGCAACCUGAUGGUGUGGUAAAAGAAAACCAACAUGGUGAAUUUUGGCUGGAGUUUCAUAGCGGCUCUUUGUUUAGUGUGGCAAAAUAUGAAGGCUUUGAAGACAAACAUUAUGUCUGUCUUCAUUCAAGCAGUUUGAGUCUCUACCAUCAAGGUUUACUGGAUGGAGGUAUCCCUUCAGAUGAGAUCCGACUUCCUAGCAUGACCCGUCCUCAUUGGUUGGAGCCAACCAUUUAUUCAUCUGAAGAAGAUGGUAUAUAUAGUCUCCCUGCUUCCAACGGAGUGGGUGUAGAGAGCCAAAGCAUGUUGACGGUGGCAGUAAAAAUUCAAUCUGAUAAGAGUGAAAGCAACACAAAGGAGUUCCUUGUUGCUAUUGGACUGCGAGGAGCCACACUUCAGCACAGAGUUCUACCCUCUGAGGUCACCUGGCAUGAGCAGGUAUUACAAUUUCUGAAUAUUCUGGAUGAACCAGUUUUGGGUUAUAACCCACCAGCUUCCAUUACCACAUUUCAUGUUCACCUGUGGAGUUGUGCUCUUGAUCACAGGCCUCUCUACCUGCCUACGAGGGCCCUCUUGACUGUGGAAACCUUCAGCAUUUCGUGUAGUGUUGCUUUGGAUAAAUCAUCUUCAAGCCUGCGAAUCAUCAUGGAGGAGGCAGCGCUGCAUUUGUCGGACAAAUGUAAUGCUGUAGCAGUCAAUUUAAACAGGGAUUAUGUGCGUGUUCUAGACAUGGGUCUUCUAGAACUAACUAUCUUGUCAGUGAAGACUGGAGAAAAGUCUAAGCCACGGUUUGAGAUGCACUGUUCUAGUGAUGUUAUACAUAUCCGGACAUGUUCUGAUUCCUGUGCUGCACUCAUGAACCUCAUCCAGUAUCUUGCUAGCUAUGGAGACCUCCACCCACCUUCCCGGACUGAAACCUCACCUGGUGCACACAAGAAAAACAAAACGACCGAUCCAGUAACUCAAGCAAAUAUACAAGGUCCAGUCCUGGCUGAGGCAGAGCAGCAGAUACUGAGAGAUUUGAUGAGUGAUGCCAUGGAAGAUACAGAUCUUAACCAUAUUGUUUGCCCGUCAAAACCACAUCUGAAUGGAAUUUCUGAAGGGAGAUGUGAGACCCAGGAACCCCCAUGCUCAGAUCUCUUUCUCUUCCCUGAUGAAAGCGGCAAUGUGUCUGAAGAAUCUAGUCCCAUGUUUCCUCCCACCACUCCCCAUCUUCUUAGUGAAGCCAUGUUGGAUUUUCCAUCAGAAAGUGAUGACUUCUGCAUCCUGUAUGCUCCAAAAAAUUCUGUUUCGGAAAAGGAUGAAGAACCAUCUGUGAAGAAGCUUGUUGAUGAUAACAUUUUAAUAAAAGAAAAUCACUUUAACCUGCCUCUGCAGAAAAUGGACACAAGUAAAGCACCAUUGCACUUUCCUGUGCCAGUUGUACGUUAUGUGGUAAAGGAAGUGUCACUUGUUUGGCAUCUUUAUGGUGGCAAAGAUUUUGGCAGUGCUUUACCACCACUAUCACCUGCUAAACAUUAUAUCAGUCCUCAUAGCUCUCCAUCAAAUACCCCCACUAGGCGUGGGAACAGCUUAGUGCGUGGUGGACGAGGGAGAAAUCAAGAUCUUUUGAUGGAAAUACAAUUUAGUAAGGUUAAAUUUCAGCAUGAAGUAUACCCUCAGGGAGCAUCCACGGUAGAAUCUCCAUCGAUGGAGCAACCAGUAUCACGUCAGGUCUUUAUUGUGCAGGAUUUAGAGAUUAGGGAUCGCCUGGCUUCAUCUCAAAUGAACAAAUUCCUUCAUUUAUACAGCAGUAAAGAAAUGCCAAGGAAAGCACAUUCCAACAUGUUAACUAUCAAAGCCUUACAUGUGCGUCCUGAGACUGGUCAGUCCCCACAGGAAUGUUGCCUGAGAGUGACCUUAAUGCCACUCCGACUUAAUAUUGACCAGGAUGCCUUGUUUUUCUUGAAGGAUUUUUUUACAAAUCUUUCUACAGAGGUUGAAAUAUUGGUCACGCCAGAUCCAGAAGUAAAAAGAUACCCAGCUUCUGAUGUUACGUGCAGUUUGCCAAAGCACCUCUAUUCUCAAGAGCGAAACCCUGUUAUUUCAUUUAUUGGGCAAAGUGAGCCAGAGAAAAAUGGCAGCAUCAAUUCUGAACAUAUUGCACAAAGUGCCUCAGAAGAGGCAUUCAGUGACCAGCCUGUCUUUUUCCGGGAAUUUCGAUUUACUUCUGAAGUUCCAAUAAGGCUGGACUACCAUGGAAAACAUCUCUCAAUGGACCAGGGAACACUAACUGGAAUUCUUAUUGGACUAGCUCAGUUGAACAAUUCUGAACUCAAGCUGAAGAGGCUUUGCUACCGACAUGGUUUAUUAGGUUUGGAUAAACUCUUUUCCUAUGCUGUUAAUGAAUGGCUUACAGAUAUUAAGAAAACCCAGCUUCCUGGAAUAUUGGGAGGGGUUGGGCCAAUGCAUUCUCUAGUGCAGCUUGUUCAGGGACUGAAGGACUUGGUGUGGCUGCCUAUUGAACAGUAUAGGAAAGAUGGUCGCAUCGUCCGAGGUUUCCAGAAAGGAGCUGCAUCUUUUGGAACGUCUACUGCCAUGGCAGCUCUGGAACUGACUAACCGAAUAGUUCAAACUAUUCAGGCUGCUGCAGAAACAGCGUAUGAUAUGGUGUCCCCUGGACCAAGCCCUGUCGAGCUUAAGAGAGCAAAACGAUUUUCCCAUCAUCGAUUGGUGCAUCAGCCUGUGGAUCUAAGGGAAGGGGUGGCUAAAGCAUAUACUGUUGUUAAAGAGGGCAUUACAGAUACGGCUCAGACCAUCUAUGAGACAGCAGCCCGUGAGCAUGAAAACAGAGGUGUGACAGGAGCUGUUGGAGGAGUUUUAAGACAGAUUCCUCCUGCAGUUGUUAAACCUCUAAUAGUUGCGACUGAAGCCACUUCAAAUGUUUUGGGUGGUAUGAGGAAUCAAAUCAGGCCUGAUGUUCGAGAGGAAGAGUCUCAGAAAUGGAGGCUGGAAGAGGGUUAGUUUCAUGCUUUGUGGCUGUGCGUUUGCCUGACAAAGAAGUAAUGGAAGACCCCCUCCCCCUCAAGGUUACAAUUUGUGAUGUUUCAGCAAAUUUGGAUCAGGAAUCUGGUUACUUUUUUGAUGACAAAAAGGGAAAAAAUAGACACUACAUAGCUUUUGAAAAUUAUUAUUUACACCGACAUCUGUGACUUUGCCCCCCACUCAUUCAGUUGUUCAUCUGUAUGCAUGGUUCUCUGAACAGGUUCUAAACUGGGGGUCAUUUCAGCUGGAUGGUUUCCAUUCUUUUGGCAUGUGUGCUAUUUGCAACAUACCCUCAGCAAUUAAUAGCUAGUAAUGAACCUUGCGUCCGAACAAACUUUCCAAUCUGGCAGACGACAAAGUAAUAUAAGUGUGUUUGGAUGUUUGCUUGAUGGACUCCUUGGAUUCUCCUCUGCAAUGCACUCUGGUUUAAUGUUGUUUAAUGAGUUGUUCUGUGUUGCUAUUUGACUCUGGAAAGCCUGGAUACAGCAGAAAUAUGUAAAUUGUAGUCCUUAUUCUGUAAAUUGUACUUGUUAAUAGUGUGAAUAAAGUUGACGUCCUGGUGACAUUUGGUA